UUUGAAGAUUGGAUGUACUUAUUUGAGGGGGAUAAAAAAAUCUCCAGAGCUGUGUCUGUUUCUGUAUUGAAGCUUUGCUAUGUAUUUUGGGGAGUUGAUUUAGCAUCCCACCAAGUCAGCAAUUCCUGAGUUAGUUUUGUGCCUUUUGUCAGUGGGGAUAGUUAAACACAGUCUUGAUUCUGUUUUUCUUAGAUUCUGUUUCAGGCUUUUUUAUGAUGCAUUCCUUUUAGUAAUUUUCGAGUAGUAAAUGUAAUUGCUAUAGAAAAGCAGAAUAUCACAGUUUGACAUAAAGUUAUUUAACUUUCAGGAGAAGUUCUUUAAAAAUGUUGCAUUUUCACAUUGUUUGAAAUUUAGACAAGCUUUUCUUUGUUAGGUUGGAUGUGUGAGAGCUGCUUGUCUGCUCGAGCUCCUUCAUGCGUUUCCAGGGCAUUUCCACACAAAUAUGCUUAAUCAGCUUUUAGAGGGAGUCUGUUCUCUAACAGGAAUUCCCAAGUGAGCUGCAACUUUGAAAUGAAAUGGAGAAGAAGCUUUGAAAAAGUUACCAGGUCUUUGAAAUAGGAAGAGGGGAUCUCAGGUGGAGUACUUCAGGAAAAGUUCCUGUCCUUUUUCCACGCUGGUUUACAUCUCUGCUUUAGACAGAACAUUGUAUUGCAAGGGGAUUCAAUAGGUUACUAUUAGCUGUGAGCUCUCUUCCAAAUCUCCAGGCUCUUGGGCCUGUGAAGUCCUCAGUUGCUAGUUUUUCUUGUAGGUAUGCAGAGAGAUACUGAAUGGAUGGGAGUAAAAAGAACAAGUGUCUGAAUCAUGAGUUGUGAGAGAAAGCACCCAGCUUGCCUUCCCUAUUUCCCUUUUAAAACUAUGUAUUAAUUUAGAUAGUAAUUUGAGGGUCUUGAUUUUGUUAAUUUUAUUUUUCUUCUGCAGUACCUGAAAAACACAGUAAGAGUUAGCUUGUUAGGGCAAUGUGUUUUAAGAACUGAAGGAGUGAGUGAGAAAAGUGAUCUCUUUAACAGUAUUGGAAGUUUGCUCCUGUUCCUUAGAUGCUGCAGCUUUGUUUUAGGAAGAUGGAAGUGUUGGUUCUUGAGCACGUUUUUAAGUUGAGAUAUUUAUCCAGCUUUCUUUUCACGCUAGGUGUCAGUGUUAACUUACCUGUUCUGUAAUCUCAGGUGUAGUCAUGCUAUUGUCCCUGUGGAUACACCUGUAUUGAGAUCUCAGUUACAACUUCUGGUCAAAAGGUCAAGACAGUAAUGGCAAACAGUGAUUUCUAUGCUGACCCUUAAUGGUCUGUAAGUAUUUAUCUUGUGAAAAACCUUAUCUUUUUGCCCUUGAUUGCAUCAAGUAAACCUGGAAGGACCGGCCUGGUCCUUGUUAAAAUGUCUGCUACAAUCUUUUCAAUACCCAGAUUUCUCUUUCAUCUUAGUUUUGGCUAAGACAGCCUUGAAAACUUGAAAGAUAGUAGAUGGAUGGUAACUGCAUUAUUCAAAAUGAAAUCCACUGGGAUCAUCCCAGUUGGGCUUUCAUCCUCUCAAACUGUAAAUAAUUAGCUGACUAGCAGUAAUUCAUGCAGUGUCUCAUAAGGUCAUUUGUUAAUGUGUUACUUGAGCAUAUUGUGAGAUUAUUCAAAGGCAUGUGGCUAUUUGCCUUGUUUCUUUUGGUUUACAAAAGCUUUUUAAAAGUUGCCUGUGUUUCAGCUGAGGCUUUGUAAUGCUGACCAUAAUGUAAAUAUCCUGGUGGUUGAUACUGAUCUUGGGUAUCAGGAGGUUGGGUCACUUCUCUGCCUGCAGCUGUGACAGUGACCACAGCCCGUCUUCUUGGAUAAAAACCCUCAGUGAAGGUAUUGUGUUUUGUAAUAACAAAUAGUGUGCCAUGAUGAGCAAUGGAGUAAACAUUGCUCUUUUUAUCUCUUUAGCUUCUGUAGAACCUAUUGCUCUCUUUAUAAAUUAACAGUUGUUUAUUUACAUUCCUUUUUAGUAUAUUUUUAUUUCAGGGUUUUAGCUCUGAGUUUGUUACACUGUCCUCUCUUCAAUAACACCUCUGUCCAAGAGAGGAGAAGCUGCCAAGUUUGGUAUUUUGGGACCUUUAACUCAAAGGAGGCAGCUGAUGAGUUUGAGGCCUAAGGCUUUACUGAAAUAAAGCUGCACAUAUGCAGAAGUUGUAGCUGCUGUUGAUGUGAACACUCUUGCCAAUGAUGUUUAUAAGCACAACUUUCCCAGCACCCCGUUAUGGGCAAAGACUAUUGAGGGAAUAACACUGAAAGAAUUUGACAGAUUAUCUUUUGAUAUGAUUUUGAUGAGUCCUCCCUGUCAGCCUUUUACAAGAAUUGGCCUGCAAGGUGACGUGUCUGACCCACGGACCAAGAGCUUUCUCUAUAUCCUUGACAUUCUCCCAAGGCUUCAGAAGCUUCCAAAAUACCUACUUUUAGAAAAUGUUAAAGGAUUUGAAUCCUCUUCUGCAAGAAAUGAACUUUUGCAAACACUAACAACAUGUGGAUUUAAAUAUCAGGAAUUUCUCUUGUCUCCAACAUGUCUUGGCGUUCCCAAUUCUAGGCUGCGGUAUUUUCUAAUUGCAAAGCUUCACCAAGAACCAUUUUCCUUCCAAGCUCCUGGUCAAAUAUUGACAAGAUUCCCAGAUCAGGAUCCAGAAGAUUUACUCAAGGAAAAAGUUGCUGACAAAGUGGAUGAAGCCAGUUCUUUGUCCUCUGAGGAGAAGAAUCUGGAUCCAAACAUUGGUCCAGAUUGCAGCAGCAAGAAGAGUUUACCAAAAGGGGCCUUUCUGUUUAAGCUUGAAACAGUAGAAGAGAUGGAAAGGAAACAUAAUCAGGAUAAUGAUCCCUCUAUUCAAAUGCUAAAAGACUUCUUGGAAGAGGAAAACGAAGAAAUGAGUCAAUAUUUCUUACCACCAAAGUCCUUACUACGCUAUGCUCUCCUGUUAGACAUUGUUAAACCCACCUGCCGGAGAUCCACGUGCUUUACAAAAGGGUAUGGACACUAUGUAGAAGGGACCGGCUCUGUUCUGCAGACAGCAGUAGAUGUACAGCUUGAAUCAGUGUUUAAACACAUUGAGGAGUUACCAGAAGAAGAGAAGCUUAUGAAAUUGUCAACGUUAAAACUGAGGUACUUUACCCCAAGAGAAAUUGCAAAUCUUCAUGGAUUCCCUUUGGAAUUUGGUUUUCCUGAAAAGGUAACAGUAAAGCAACGCUAUCGUCUGCUGGGAAACAGCCUCAAUGUACACGUGGUGGCAAAAUUGAUCUCCAUUCUACUUGAAUAAUUUAGAACCUGAAACUGAUGCAUAUGGACUGGUGACAGAAAAUACUUCCAUCUUUUAGGAGAAAGCUGAUGGAACCUGGACAAAUACCAGAGCUUGCCAAGAUACUUGUCCAGACAUUUUGCUGAAUGAUUUUUAUGUAUUUUUAAUAAGUUGCAUUUAUGAUGGAUUUAAACUGUAUAGGUGUUUUAUUUAAAGGGCAGUUUACAGGACUUACUUGCUUUAUUUGAAUGUUCUUUUUAGUUUGCAGAAUGAAAAAUAGUACACAUUCUAAUACUUCAAUGAGAAAGGACAAGAUUAUUUUAUUUUACUUUAUUUUUUAUCAUAAAACCAUUUUCAGUACUGUGUGAACUGUGUCAAAGCUGUUUCAAUCAGGUGCAGAGAUCAAGUUCUAUGUGUAAAAUGUCUUCAUCUUUAAAUGUAAGUAAUCCAUUCUGAAAAGAUUUGCUGUAUAUAUGAUCUGAAAUUUUGAUGUGAUUUUUUUA